AUGAGAGUUCCUCGGUUAUUGCCACUCCCAAAUCGGUUCGAGAACCACUCCACCACUGCCGCUUCGCUUUCCGAAUUGAAGCGGCCGGUAGUCUCGUUUGCCGAAUUGCAAUGGACGGUAGCCAUCUCGUUUUCCGAACUGAAAAUUGGGCAGAUUAGGAAGAGAUUGUCUGGAAUUGCAUUGAAGGCUCCAGAAGCUUUUAGAACGAAGAGUGAUACAGAAGAUUCCAGUUAUGAAAAAUCAACUUCUCGAAGCUCUUCUGGAGACUCUUCUGGAUUUGAUGAGGCGAUAAAAUCUAUAAAAUGCUAUGGCAUACUUGAUGAUGAAACGACGAAGCUUUUGGACGGUAUCAUCUGCGUUCGAGCUCGAUGGCAUAGUGGCCAACUGCAAUUGUUCAACGUUCUCGAAGAGAAAGUAGAAAAAGACAGCAAUGAUGACGAAGAUGAUUGUCAUGCUUCCCCUAUUCUCAAUGCCCUGAGAACUUUGACGAGCAGCGAGCCGAUCUGCAGCCAUUUCUUCUUCUGUCAAAAUCCGCAUAGACUCUUCACAAUCGUCAUCAGUGUCAGAUUCCGGUGCUCGUGA